CUUGCUGCAAGGUUCAUGGAGAAUUACAACGAUCCCAAGUUUGUACCCAGAGUAAAUGCUGAGACGCUGAUGAUGGAGCACUUCUACUUCAAUCAGCUUCAGUUCUUCGGAAACGGCCGUUAUAUAGGCUGCAGUAAGCCUUCAUGUUACUGUUGCAAUCUUUACUUGAGAUGCCACCCAGGCAACUUUGAGGCUCGACCUUGUCAUGGCAACUUUGGAGUCAGAUGGUGUCCCCCA